AUGACCAGACGCACUCCCCAAUGCUUUCCGGUUGAGACCAUGCUCGAGCCUAGAGGACGAAUCUCUGCUGAUUCAGAAUGCUACGUCCCCAACUUUGGCCCUGGCCUCCGCUGGCGCCGCUGUGUUAGCAAAUAUGGCACCUGUAUGCAGGGUUACCCGCCCCGUCCCCAGCCAAUGAGCGCGGCCCAAAUACACACCGCGAAAAACUACAAGCCUGCUUGCACUUUCGCUUUCUUCCACAACACCCAUCUAUUCAGACAUGUCGCUUGCAUUCAGAUCAUUGAGAAGCGGUUUGGCGUUGAAGAACUCUGCCAGAGCCUUGACCACUUCCUCUUCGGCUCUCUCUUCCUACCAGCAGCCAGACUUUUCGUCUUACCUCAGCAACAGAGGCGACCAAAAGACCAAGAACUUCACCUACUUCAUGGUUGGCUCGAUGGGUUUGUUGUCUGCUGCGGGCGCCAAGUCCACUGUGGAGGCUUUCCUCUCGUCCAUGUCUGCCUCUGCCGAUGUUUUGGCCAUGGCCAAGGUUGA